CGACAUGCUUAAACACGGGCGAUUUCCCAAUCUCAUAAGCCAUAUAUCUUUUUUUUCUCUCUAAGCCCGUCAAUCUGUCCAGCCUUUUGCGGAUACAGAUUCGUAUUGGAGCAGUCAUGCCUCCCACGGAGAGGAAGAACAAUCUCGAUCUCUCGAUACAGCUCCUUCACCCAGACACCCCCCUCCACGGAGGCAGCGUCAUCCUCGGCCACAUCGUCCGCAAAUCACACAUCGUCGCCGCCAACGCCACAGUCCGCGUCCGCCUCCUUGGCCGCGCGAAGGCAAAACUCGUCAUCUCCCGCGGCAACAACCAAAAGAGCUACUACCGCUCCCGUUUCAAUUUCUGGUCCGAGAACGCUGUCGCCGAUGUAGUCCACCGCGGACCUAUCCACGUCGCACCCGGAGCCGGAGGCGAACCUGUAUCCUGGCCUUUUGCACUCGCACUGCCGACGCAUACGGAUGCUAGGGCCGUGAAUGACUGUGGCGGGGAGAGUGCCAAGGAGGCGUGCUUCUUGCGCCCCAACGUCGGAGGUCAUGCCGGACUAGGGCUGCCCGAGCAACCGCUGCCUGGAACAUUCCAUUUCGACGGGUCCGGAUUCAACAAAAGUUGGCAUGGCUUCGUCGAGUACUGGAUCGAGGCUGAGCUGACGGUGCACGGGAAGAGCACCGUCGUGAAGGCGGCGAUGCCUGUCCGGGUAUUUUCGCCUCCCGUACCAUCGCCGAUGAUCAGCGACUUUAGGCUGGAGAGACGGAAUAAAGCUGGAUGUGUGAGCAGUCAGAGGCUGCUACCAGGCAUGACGGACGCGGAGCUGUCGUUCAAGCAAAAAACGCAAAAGUUCUUUGGCUCCUCCAAAGUUCCCACCUUCCACUAUACUCUCGAUGUGCAGUAUCCUACGGUGAUUCAGCUGGGAAACGAGUCAACCAUCCCUUUCCUGCUUCAUUUGACACCAUCCAAGGAUCGUACAUCGGAUGUUAUCGCGGACGUACCGCAGACGGUAACGAUAGAGCAGAUGGAGCUGGAGCUGCAGACGACGACGGGCAUCAUUUGCCCCGGAACACUCGAUCCCCACGACGCAAGCAAGACGCGGAAACUCUGCUUGGCGCGGCUGAAACAUCUUUUCCAGGCCUCAGAUAACAUCAUUGUCGUUCCCUCGGGCCCGAAGGAAGUUCCACUGGACCUUGGUGCUGUUUUGGAUCUACGAGUCGACGCGCUGGGACGACUGCUCCUCGGACAGAGAAACGGUGCAGGUUCGUUUGGGCAGAUUGUCGUUCCCACCUUCGUGACGUAUUGCGUAAAAAUUGAGCAUGUGUUGCACUGGGAGGUGAAGCUGUCGGUGGCGGGCGAGAGCUGGAAGUGUGAGGGAAGUCAAAAGUUGCUUGUCCUGGCACCAGAUGAGGAUACGGCAAGUGGUAGGACGAGGGCAUCUGCGGUUGCUUCUUCAUCGAGUGCGCCGCCACCGCCUGUUGAAGAGGUCCCUGUUUAUGAUGGGCCUAGCGAGGCGGCCCCAGCAUAUGAAAAAGUCGUGGGCGGCGGGGAAGAAGCGCCGGUCAUCAGGGGAAAGUCAUGAAUUCGGGACAAGACUCAGAAGAGGGAGAGGCUAGAAGGAGUUCAUGGUUGAGGAUCGGGGGGGCUGAAAUACAUGAUACCCAUGCAAGAGCGGAUUCAGCUGGAAUAGGGUAGUCUGGGUAGUUGAGACUACACAGACUAAGUAGUAAUAGCAGUGCUGGAUCCAACGCUGUAAACUUGAAGAAUAUGUGAUAUCUUGCUACCGGGCAUCUGAAAAAAGACUAAUGAUGACCUCGAGCCGUGCAACAACG